AUGGACAGGAAAGGAGAACCAUCGGUUAUCAUACGUGAGGCCGAAAAGGACCAUGUUAAUUUUAUGUUGCAAGAAGUGGACUUGGCAAUGGCAAAUUCUUUAAGAAGAACUAUGUUGGCCGAGGUACCCACGCUAUCGAUAGAUUUAGUGGAGAUUGAGGUAAAUACUUCUGUGUUGGCAGAUGAGUUUUUGUCGCAUAGACUCGGACUUAUACCGCUAGAUAGUCAGGGGAUUGAGAACUUGUUAUAUUCGAGAGACUGUGCAUGCGAUAAUUAUUGCGUCAAGUGCUCAGUUGCAUUGGAGCUUACCGCCAAGUGCGAUACCGACUCCACCAUGAAUGUCUAUGCCUCAGAUUUGUAUAGGCUUAAUGCUACUUCGACUUUGGGCAAACCUGUGAUUAGAGAUCCUCAAGGGCGCGGACCGCUCAUUUGCAAGUUGAGGAGACAUCAAGAAUUAAGACUCACUUGUAUUGCGAAAAAGGGAAUAGCCAAGGAACAUGCUAAAUGGUCGCCCUGUGCCGCCGUAGGGUUUGAGUAUGAUCCAUGGAAUAAGUUGAAGCACACAGAUUACUGGUACGAAGUGGACGCCAAUGAAGAAUGGCCCAAGUCGGAAAAUUGUCGAUGGGAAGAAGCUCCAGACCCAGAGGCAAAGUUUGAUUACAAUGCUAAACCUUCAAAAUUCUAUUUCGAUGUGGAAACUGUAGGCAAUUUGCCACCAAAAGAUGUUGUUAUUGAAAGUAUCAAAACGUUGCAGACGAAAUUGGCAUCUAUAGCAAUAGAGUUAAACAAGGAAUCAGUUGAAGGAAGUAACGCACAAGCUGGAGGGUUUACAACGUAUGCCAGAAACGAUUACGGCGGAAACACUCCAAGUGGUGAUGCAGGAUAUGGCGGUGCUGGAAACUACGGUGGGGACAGUUUUGGUGAUCGUUCGUGGAACUAA